UUAUGCUAGAGCAAAGUGUAACCCAACGCCGGUCUGCCUUCAAAACAAGUCAGUUUAAAAACAAAGAGUAAACGCUUUGUGACAAGUCCUUUUCGUAAUUAAAACAUUUUAUUACAAUGUACUCUUUAAUGCACAAGGAAGAAACUGCUCACGAAGAAAGCAUUUGGUCCUGUGCGUGGGGCCGCAUCAAACUUAGUGCAGAGGAUGACGAGGCUAGCAUGGACAAUUCCCGUGACAGCUUCAGUAAUAGGCCUAUCGAACAGUUUAGAGAUUUCGUCGUAACCGGCGGAUUAGAUGACCGAGUUAAAGUAUGGGAUGUAACAGACAAUAAACUCAAACUAAGAAACACGUUUACUGGUCAUUCCCUUGGAGUGGUUUCUGUGGAUGUAUGCAACAACGGAGAAGUUAUCGCUAGCAGCUCUUUAGACUCUGGUCUAUGUAUCUGGAAAGCCGAAACAGGACAAUUGCUAAAUCAAAUAGCAUUAGGACCCGUUGAUUUAUGGACAGUAGCAUUCUCUCCUUGUAACAAAUACAUAAUUUCCGGUUCCCACGAAGGAAAAAUUUCUCUGUAUAAUGUUGAAACUGGCAAAGUCGAACAAGUUUUGGAUCCUCAAAACGGAAAAUUUACUCUCAGCAUUGCAUACAGUCCCGAUGGAAAAUAUAUUGCUAGUGGUGCCAUUGAUGGUAUAAUUAACAUAUUCGAUGUCGCAGCUGGUAAAGUAGCCCAGACGCUGGAGGGACAUGCGAUGUCGGUACGGAGUCUUUGUUUUUCUCCUGAUUCCCAAAUGCUUUUGACUGCUUCCGAUGAUGGCCACAUGAAGCUGUACGAUGUUGCACAUUCGGACGUGGUAGGAACACUUUCGGGGCAUUCAUCAUGGGUCUUAUCGGUGUCUUUCUCUGGCGAUGGUAAAUACUUCACUUCGUCAUCUAGCGACAAGAGUGUAAAAAUAUGGAAUGUUGCCGAACGCCAAUGUGUGCAUACAUUUAAUGACCACCAGGAUCAAGUUUGGGGUGUUAAAUAUAGUCCAGACAGUUCUAAGGUCAUCUCUGUAUCUGAAGACAAAUCUAUUAAUCUCUAUGAUUGCCCACCCAAUGUUAUCUAAAUAGAACCAAAAUAAACGAUUGGAAUUUG